AUGGCUUCAACCACAGAAAACAUUCAGCACUCAGAAAAUAAACCUGCUACAGGUAUACCUAACCUCCGCGAUCGUCUUCCAAAAUUAGAACCUCGAAAAAAGCGAAAUCCGCCAUCAAAUCCCCUCCCUGUUCCCGAAACUCCAGAUCUUCCAUCUCCUCCUGAACCAUCAAGCUUAAAGUUUUGCAAGCCUACGAGACGGAUCUUAUCACCUCAUGAUCAUGAUCUUUUUCUUCGCUCUCCUGCUUACAAAUUGCUUCUAGCAUUUGUCUUUGGUUUGACAGAUUCAGUCAUUGAUACACCGGUAUCAGCGAUCAACAACAAGGACCUGAGCUCCGCCGUUACAAAUAUCCUCGAAAUAUUAGACAAAGUUGAAGAUGUGGUAAACAGAAGUCCACCGGAAGAACAAGGCGAUUCAAGAUUUGGCAACAAAGGCUUUCGUGAUUUCCUCGAUUUAGCUACGAAGGAGCACAAUGAUUGGCACAAACAAUUGGGCAUUACGUCCGAAGAAGCUAUCACCGAAGUCUCUACAUACUUUCUUCAAUCUUUUGGAAAUCGCACAAGAAUAGAUUAUGGUUCGGGGCACGAAUUGAACUUUAUGAUAUGGUUAUUAUGUUUAUACCAACUUGGGAUAGUGACUCGUCAAGAUUUCCGCCCGCUGGUUCUGAAAGUCUUUACGCGAUAUUUGGAUCUCAUGAGGAUUAUACAAAAAACAUAUUACUUAGAACCAGCAGGUUCGCAUGGAGUAUGGGGACUUGAUGAUUACCAAUUUCUUCCAUUCUUAUUUGGCGCUUCUCAACUUUUACAUCAUCCCUACAUCCGUCCUUUGUCAAUUCAUCAAAAUCUUAUACUGGAAGAAUAUGGCAAUGAAUAUCUGUACUUGGGACAAGUUAACUUUGUCAAUAGCGUGAAGAAUGUUGAAGGACUUAGAUGGCACAGUCCAAUGUUAGACGAUAUAUCCUCUGCAAAAAACUGGACAAAGGUUGAAGAUGGCAUGAGAAGGAUGUUUGUGGCUGAGGUUUUGAAAAAGUUACCCGUCAUGCAACAUUUCCUCUUUGGAUCGUUAAUACCCGCUGUGGAUGGUAUGAGCACAGAAGAAGAGUUUGGGGUUCCCAAUGAGGAAGAUGAUGCGGAGGGCGGAGAAGUAGUGGUCAUGAAAGAUGGAAUGAAGCAUGUUCAUCAAAUGAAUAGUUGGGGUGAUUGCUGUGGGAUUAAGGUGCCGAGUAGUGUCGCAGCGGGCCAGGAAAUGAAGAAAAGAAUGGGGAAUGAAGGAUUGAGAAGGAUACCUUUUGACUAA